GCACAUCGCAGCAAAAUGUCCAAAGGAGCAACGACCAGCUGGAUCCUGUUUCAAAUGUGCUGACGAGGGGCACACUUACAAAAACUGCCCUUAUAUUGUGAAGACCAGAGUUGGAGCCGUGAACCGGGAUGCCCUACAUGAUGACACCAAGGAGCUGACUCAGAGUUUGGAUGCUGUUCAGAUGUCCGAUUAGUUUCAUACGAAAGUCUGUUCUGCCUGAAGAAAUUAACGUUCAAGAAUCAUUAACGUAUUCAAGAUUUAAAGGAUUAGGAAACAUUAAACUCUUUACGUACGAUGAAGUAACUCCUAUACCUUUACUUAUUGGUCGUGAUCUCCUUGAAAUCUUUAAUAUAAAACUUAACAUGAACUGUAAUAAAGUUAAUAUAACUUCUGAGCAGUGUCAAAAUGAAAUUUGUUCGAAUAAAGUUUUUCUUUCUAACCAAUUGUAUAUGUGCACUUAUUCUGAUGAAAAAACCGAACCUUCAGAGUGUAGUCAUUAUAAGAACAACAUAAAUGAUGUUUUUGGGAGCAGCGUAUUAGCCGGUGAAUUAAAGAUACAACCUAAAGAACUUAGUGAUUGCUUCAAAGACAAGUUGAAUACAUUUGAUCAUGAUCGGAUUAAGCUUAAAGACGAUCUUGAUGUGAAGAGAGAAUACAAUAAUGUUGAGCCAAGUAGUUCUCCGUAUGCUGCACCAAUAGUUUUAGUUAAGAAAAAAUCUGGUGAAACCAGAAUGUGUAUAGACUAUCGAGCAUUGAACAAACGUACAGUAAGAGAUCCUCAUCCAAUACCAUUGAUAGACGAUUGCAUUGAAUACCUGGAGGGGAAGAAGGUUAUGACCUUAUUAGACCUUAAGAGUGGGUUUUACCAGGUAAAGGUAGCAGCAGAUUCAACACAAUUAACAUCUUUCGUAACCCCGAACGGUCAAUGGGAAUUUCUUAAAAUGCCUUUCGGCCUUAAGAAUGCGCCCAGUGUUUUUCAGAGAUUCAUAAUUCAAAUUUUUCGUGAAUUUAUAGACAGAGGAGAUAUAGUUGUCUACCUAGAUGAUAUAUUAAUUGCUAGGUUUAAAGUAACGGAACAUGGCAUCCAACCUAGUGAUUCCCAUAUUCGAGCGAUUGCUCAAUAUCCUGUGCCUAAAGACAGAAAGAAAUUGCAUUCAUUUUUAGGACUUUGUUCAUACUUUCGCAGAUUUACUUCCGAAUGCGAAGAUGUUUUUCAGACUUUAAAGGAACGGUUAACAUCUCCACCUGUAUUGGCAAUCUAUAGUCCAAGGAAAGAAACAGAACUGCAUUGCGAUGCAAGUUCAUUAGGGUAUGGUGCAGUUCUACUCCAACGACAAGAAGAUGAUAAAUUACAUCCGGUAGCAUUCUUCUCUAAAAGCACCACUGAUCAAGAGGCCAAAUACCAUAGUUUUGAAUUGGAAACUUUAGCCAUAAUUUCAGCUUUACGUCGGUUCCGUGUUUAUUUGCAAGGUAUUCCUUUUACAAUCGUAACUGAUUGCAGUUCUUUAACAAUGACACUGAACAAAAAGAAUGUUAAUCAUAGAAUUGCUCGAUGGGCCUUAGAGCUGGAGGAUUAUGAUUAUAAGGUCAAACAUCGUAGUGGUGCCAAUAUGAAUCAUGUUGAUGCCUUAAGCAGAUGUAAUGUUAUAUCCGUUAUUGACUCUGAGGAUGUUGAUUUCCAACUCAGAGCAGCCCAAAAUCGAGAUGAAAAAGUUGAAAAAUACAUUAAAAAUUGUAUCCGUUGCAUAAUGCACUCAGCACCAGUUCGAUCUAAUAUACGCAAUUUGUUCAAUAUUCCUAAGGAGCCCAUUCCAUUCCAUACAAUACACUUGGAUCAUCUUGGUCCUCUCCCUUCAAUAAAGUCAAAGAGAAAACAUAUAUUAGUGGUAAUAGAUGCAUUUACAAAGUUCACUAAAUUAUACCCAGUUGUAUCUACAAGCUCAAAAGAAGUAUGUGCAGCACUAAGAAAAUAUUUUGAGUAUUACAGUAGGCCAUCAAGAGUAAUUACUGAUAGGGGAACCUGCUUUACAUCACUAGAGUUUAGUUCAUUUGUUAUAGACCAGAAUAUAGAUCAUGUUAAGGUGGCAGUUCAUUCGCCACAGGCCAAUGGUCAAGUAGAGCGAGUCAAUAGGGUAUUAACUGGCAUGCUUGCUAAGCUUUCGGAACCAAUCGAGCACUCAGAUUGGGUUGUUACUUUAACACAAAUAGAAUUCGGACUAAAUAACACUAUACAUCGCGCUAUUCAAAAUACACCAAGUCAAUUGUUAUUUGGUAUUAACCAAAGGGGAGUAGUAAUCGACAAAUUAACAGAAUUUCUUGAUGAUAAACAAUUAAGUCAACUGGAAAGAAAUCUUGAAUUGUCAAGAGAAAAGGCUUCAGAAGCAAUCACUAAGAUUCAGGAAUAUAAUAUUAAAUAUUUUAAUGAGCAUAAUAACCCGGCACGUAUAUACGAUGAGGGUGAUUAUGUAGUAAUAAAAAAUGUAGAUACAACAACCGGUGUAAAUAAGAAAUUGGUUCCAAAGUUCAGAGGCCCAUACGUUGUUUACAAAAUUCUACCUAAUGAUAGAUACGUAAUACGCGAUAUCGAAGGUUGUCAAAUCACACAGCUGCCAUAUGAUGGCAUUGUCGAGUCUCGAAAUAUUCGACUUUGGAAGAAUCGAGACUCUGAAGGUUCGGUUGAUUAA